AACAUUUGCCUUCACAGGUUUCCAACGAAAUACAACUGUUAAAAGGUCAUAAAUAUUUCAUAGAAACUGUUCAUCUUCAAUUAGGGGGAAAUGAUUUUGUUCGAGUCGCUUGGAGCCUGCCUGGAAUGAAAAGAAAUAAGUUUGAGACGAUUCCCGCCAAUAGCCUUUCUCUCUUCAUUAAUAAUAGUGCAACGGAUAAUAAUUACAACUCUGUUCCCGACAGUCCCGCCUGUAAAUCAAGACCCAGCCACGUUCACAGCCUAGAAACGAACACCAAAUCCAGACCUACGUACCUUUUUCACGACGCAGUUGCCAACGUAUUACCUUAUUGUGCUUAUGAGCCAAGUUAUCUCACUAUAAAAGAAGCACCUGUUGGCCCGAAACGGAAUUACUACUUCCUACACGGUCGCGGCUUUAUUCCCAUAAAGAGUUACCCAGCUGUUGAGUACAAAACUGUUGUAGAUGAUUAUCCAAGAUUAGCGAAUCACAGUCUGGAUAUGAAAAUCGCAAAAGAAGCUGCAAAGAAGUAUGUGGAUGCAUUAUAUCAACACCACGCAGGAAAGUUCAAGGUUGUGGAACUCGUCAACGUGGAAAGAAAAGUCGAUCGCCAGUUGGGAAGUCGAUUCUUACUUGAGUUCCUAAUAAAUGUCACUGAAAAAAACCAACUGGCCAUGCUUUCAGAAUCUGUCUUUUUGCCCAAGGGCUCUAAAGACUUGUGUUAUCCCAAGGGAUUUCAGUGGAAUAGAAAUGCAAAAGUUGUCUUAAUUAUCACGCUCAAAAACCAGGGACGGUGGAUGGUGCACUUCCUAAACAACUUAGAAGAAAUAUACAGUGCUACAAAGGACGACAAAGUGAGUCUAGUGAUAUUCAAUUUUAACAGUUCUGACAUAAAUCUGGAACAAGAGUUGGCAAUAAGGAAACUUCCUCCCACUAAAGUCGUCAGUCACGAAGCAGAGUACUAUUCCCGUACUAAAUCCUUCAACAGGGCUGUGGAACAAGUUCAGGAUCCGAAAACCAUCGUGUUCACUCUUGAUCUUCACUUGGACUUACCUUCCACAAUCUUUGACGACAUUCGUAAACACUGCUUUGAAAAUCGUUCUGUCUACGCUCCCAUUAUCAUACGCUUGGGUUGUGGGAAGUCUCCAGAAACCCUGGAAGGAAGAUGGGAACCAAUGGGCUUUGGACUAGUUGGUGUUUACAAAAGUGAUUGGGACAAAGUUGGCGGUCUUAAUGAAAAAGCAUUUGACAAGAAAUGGGGCGGAGAGGAUUGGGACUUCAUGGAAAGAAUCAUUUAUUCUGGAAUGGAAUAUGAUCGACUGCGACAUCCAAAUAUUUUUCACUACUUUCAUAGUAAAAAGGGCAUGUGGGAUAAUGAGUAAAUGAGAGUUAAUUCUAU